UUGGCAGCAGCAGGAGUAGGCGCAAAGUCUGGGUUUGCAAGGGCAUCACUAAGGCAAGAGGUAGCAGCCCCCAUCCUGAAAGAGCCCCAGGGAUCUGGGGCUGGGUGAAGUCGCCUAUUCUGUGUUUUCUGCCUUCUCAGCCCAAUUGUGACCUCAUGUUACUUCAGAAUGAGCCCCUCCCUUUUUCUUCUGGGCCCUCUCUGUAAUGGGGCUAGUGGCUGCAAGUGGAGAUGGAAUGCUCUGAGCCGACAGUGCAGUAGGCCCUGCAUGGGGGUGGGGGGUGGGGUGGGGAGACACGAGGCUUAGGCAACAAGGAAUGGAUGCCAGCCCAGUCAAGAAGGCCCUUCAACCAUGGCCAGCUUGACCCAGCAGACUCUGUCCCUUGGGGACCACCAGAUGAGGACGAAAAGAAACCAAAGACUAAAGGAUAAGAAGGCCUGGUUUGCAGAAUAGAUCCCAAGCAGGAGGCGGAAGGGACUCAGAAUUGGGGAAGCUACUCUUUUACUGACCUCAGGAACAGCUGUCAGAGUGGGAGAAAGGUCCUGGGCCUCAGGCCGUUCCUGUCAGGUUGGACAUAUAGGAUUGUGUGGUCUCUCCCUACCCCGCCCCUCAACCACCUUCCUCACAAUGAGGCUUAUUGCUGAGGCGGGAGGGGCAUCCUAGGGAGGGUGCAGUGGGGGGCCUGCCUGCCAGACGCCCUCAGAGAGCCUGUCCUUUCAAGCAUGAACCAGACCAUCUGGGCUCCCCCACGCCCAGUGUGCUCUUAGCUCUGCCCGCCUGGCGUGGGGUCCUGGAGUGGGGUCCUGGAGCCCUUCUUGGAGCUCAUCCAGCAACCAUCAUGCAGGGUGGUGCUGGGGACCGCCCUGUUACUGGGAGGUGGAGGCCUCGUGUUGUGGAUGCAGAGGAAGAGGAAAAGGAAGACAGAUUCUGAGACCACACAAGAGGUGCAGGAGCCAACAGAGAGCGAAAAAUUGAAUGAUGAGAGUUGGAUCAAAUCGCACUUUAGCCGUCUUUCCGAGGAGAAGCUGGCCGCCAGCAACACUGCCUGCCUCAACACCGCCGGGCCCAGCAGCUCCACCGCUGCUCCGCAGCCGGACAGUGGCAGCGGGGAGGCCAGCACCACGGUUCGCGUGGAGACCUUCACCACGCGGCAAGGAGACGAGGGCAUGGCCCUUCACCGGGAGACCUUCACCAGCAAGCAGAGAAUGUCUGGGACUUCCGUGACCAAAGAGACCCACAAGGAGUCUGCAAAGUCCUCGUCCGCGGAGGAGGCCACGUGGGCUGCCGUGGCCGCCUGUACCAAGGAGAUUGACACCAAGGGGCAGCAGCUGGCCAACUCCAUGUUGCAACGGGCCACGGCCUGCCAGAACUCGGGCCACCUGGAGACCAAGGACAUCAACCAGGAGGAGCUGAAGGCCCUCGAGGAGGUGGAGAUGAAGCUGAAGGGGAAUUUCCUCACCCAGCGGGAAUCCACCGUAGCUGGCGCCAACCACACACACACCUACCACAGCCACUGCCACCACGGCCACCAGGGUUAUCCAAACCACCAGUCCCACAGCCUGCCCAACCGCAGCCCCCAGGGCUACCACCCCUUUAAAGCCACCUAACCACAGAUGGAGAUGCCCCUUCCCCCCGCAGGGCUGGCACAGAAACAUAGGCAUCCCGUGUGGCCCAUCUCUCUGAUGGGGCAACCUAUGUGGCCCAGAGUAAGAUGCUGCUGCCCAAGUCCCUUCUUCCUCAGGCCCCCCACAAAGGGUCCCGAGCCCCUUCAGCUCCAUGAGUGGGGUCUGCCCCUGAUGGCCCCUGGUGAGGGAGAACUGGGGAGAAUUGAGGCAACUGAGGCAGACUCUCAGGCCCCUGAAGAACCCCCGAGAGAAAAUGGGAGAGGCAGAUCCCAGGAGCAGCCGAGAGCAACACACUGAUGCCAAAUGCCUGAGCUGAGCCAAUAAAGCCUUGCAUACCCUUACUCUUGAGUCUGGAGGCUCUGUGGCCAGCCCCGGGUCUGGGCGGGCCUCUGGGGAGAGUGUUCCUCCUGCCAAGUCCUCUUCUGGUAGGCUGAUUCAAGGAUCCCUAAAUUAGCUUCUGGGGUCUUAGGUUCUGGGCAUGGGAGAUCUCCACAGGGCUCAACUCCCAUUUUUACCUGCUGCCGCCAGAGGAGAAGGAAGCAGCCAGGAGCUGGGGGGUGCGGGGAAGUCCGGUGCGGUGCGGGUUGGAAGUAAGUAGGGGUGGGAUGUAGGUCUACAGUCCUCUUGGUGCUGCUCUCUCCCCUCCCCUACUGGGAUCAUGCUGGUGCCUCCCCACCAGCUACCUCCAGAGCCACGGUAUUGGGCUACGUACUCUCUCCUGGUUUAUGCUGCUGUUGCUGGGGCUGGGGCUGCCACUGCUGCAGUACUACUAAGUAAGAGCAUCACUCCUACUAC